AUGCACGGCUAUUUCUCAAAAAACUGGAAGACAGGUAAAGCAGACAAGCUCGCUAAGAAGAAAUCAGAGUGGGUAAGGGAAUUUAUCCUCCUCACGUCUCAGCUGCCACAAGACUCACACCGCGGGGGUUGCGCGACGAUCUUCGACCAUUACCAGAUUGACUAUAAUUAUAAACCAAUGCCAGACCACGACAGAAGGAAUCCAAUACCCUCCUCAUGUCUGCACGGUUGGUGCGGUGGCUGGGCAACUGGCUGCCGAGCAACGUGUCGCGGGUUCGAUUCCCGAACGAAACAACUCUUUGUGUGA